UCCACGCCCAGAGAGAGAGAGAGAGAGAGAGGAGGCGAGGAAGCGAGGAAGCGAGGAAGAGGAAGAGAGAAGGAGAGAAUGGGUUGGAUCGCUGAUGGAAUGGAAUCCAUACGCUCUCUCCAGAUCCGUCAAGUCCUCACCCAGGUCGUCAGUCUCGGUAUGAUUGUGACCUCGGCGCUGAUAAUUUGGAAGGGUUUGAUGUGCGUUACUGGGAGUGAAUCGCCGGUUGUGGUUGUGCUGUCAGGAAGCAUGGAGCCUGGGUUUAAGAGGGGGGAUAUCCUUUUCCUGCACAUGAGCAAGGAUCCUAUUCGUGCUGGUGAAAUAGUGGUGUUUAAUGUUGAUGGACGUGAAAUUCCUAUUGUUCAUCGUGUAAUUAAGGUGCAUGAACGACAAGAAACAGGAGAGGUUGAUGUUCUAACAAAAGGGGACAACAACUUUGGUGAUGACAGACUUCUGUACGCCCGUGGUCAGCUCUGGCUUCAGCAGCACCAUAUUAUGGGUCGGGCUGUGGGGUUUCUACCGUAUGUUGGCUGGGUUACCAUCAUUAUGACUGAGAAGCCAAUUAUUAAGUACUUGCUCAUCGGAGCUUUAGGAUUACUCGUCAUAACCUCAAAGGAGUAGGAAUAUAAUUGGGAGUACUACCCAUGGCCAACCACUCGAGUACUUCUCCUUUUAAAUUACGUGUUGUAAGGUUCUAUUUUGGCCCCUGAAUUGCCAACAUACCAGAUCGAGAAUGUAGUCGGAUAGAUAAUAUGGAGUUAAUUUUAAACUGUUUUUGCACCUUUCAUUUUCUUGUUUUCGUU